AUGCUAAGAACAACGUGGGAUCCAAGGGAACUUUUCGAACAAGAAAGAUUGAAGGCAUUCCAUUGGUCCAAGGCUCCACUUCUUAGUGUGCUGAUAAACAACUUUCUUCAAGCCAUAAUCUUCCAGGAUGUUGAGGAGCAGCAAAAUUUUGAUUGUGUCAUGGAUAUAAAAGGGAAGACAAAAGUCGAGGAUGAAGGAAGAUUGAUGGAAUCAAAUUUUGUUUAUGAUUUGAAGGAUUUGAAUAGUUUUUUAGAUCCCCAUGAUGAGUUAUUGUUAAACAAGUUGCGAGAAUUUGAAGAUGCCUUUUAUGUUUCAAAAUCUCUUAUGUUGGAAGAAGCAAGAAUGGGUUUAUUUAUGGAGCAGCAUGACAAAGGAGAGAUGGAAAUUUUAUAUGGCAAUUGGGAGGGCGAAAGAGCUUUUAAUGAGUUUUCUCUUGCAAUAAAUUGUGGUGUAAAUCUAGAGGGGAAAAUGUCAAAGCAAAAGCCUGGGGAUGGGAUUCUUGUUCCUUCGUCAUUAUCAAUUGACCUUCCACCUCAAUCGCCAAUUGUCUCCCCUAUUCCUAAUUCUAUUUCUGCAAGCAUUUCAACUAAGAAUGAAAAUUCAAGGACUUUUAUAGGAAGCAUAAAUUCUAGAUGUGGAGUUCUGUUCAUUCCUAAGAGGGGUAAGACUUAA